AUGGAAUCGAACCAGGUAGAUGUGAAAGUGUGUAGAGAGAACCAUUCCACACUGGGUGGUAAAAACCAAUGUCACAAUUUUCCCUCCGCAGGAACCCACUGCAAAAGCCGGCCCCUCGACCUGGUGUUCAUUAUCGACAGUUCACGUAGUGUGCGCCCCACAGAAUUUGAGAAGGUCAAAAUCUUCCUGGCUGACAUGGUCGACACCCUCGAAGUUGGCUCGGAUGCCACGCGGGUGGCCGUCGUGAACUACGCUAGCACGGUGAAGAUCGAGUUCCUUCUCAAGACGCACUUCGACAAGGCAGGCCUGAAGGCAGCGCUGGCCCGCAUCAAAUUUCUAGCUGCUGGUACAAUGACUGGCCUGGCUAUCAAGACGGCCAUGGAGGAGACAUUCACUGAGGAGUCAGGCUCCCGGCUAGCUAACAAGAACAUUGCCAAGGUGGCCAUCAUCGUAACCGAUGGACGUCCCCAGGACACGGUGGAGGAGGUGGCCGCGGCAGCGAGGGUGGCAGGCAUCGAAAUCUACGCAGUGGGGGUGGACAGGGCGGACAUGAAGUCCCUGCGUCUCAUGGCCAGUCUGCCCCUGGAUGAACACGUGUUCUACGUGGAGACCUACGGCGUCAUUGAGAAGCUCACGUCCAAGUUCAGGGAAACCCUGUGUGAGGAUGCGAACGAGAUGAGUGGGAAUAAGCUGAGUGAAAACGCGUGCAUGUGUGAGGCUCAGAUUGCCUUCCAGAUGAAGAUGCAGUUCACCAUACAGGAGCUGACCAGUAACCAAAUCUGGGGGAAAGAGCUCAAGGAAAUUCAGCUUGCUUACGUGGCCUGGUCUCCAGAUAGCAAGAUCCUCCUUUUUGGGAUGGCCAAUGGGAAAAUUUAUAUCUACGCCAAUCAGGGAAACUUCAUUUACAACUGUAAAGGAGAGUACGCUAGCACACAAAAUCUGGCCUCGAUCUUCAGCUCCAAAGAUGUCCAGCUCCAGUUAUGA